CUUUUGUUUGGAUGUGAUGGGUUUAUGCUGUACUUGUGUUCCAUUCAUAAUUGCCUUUAGUAUUUGCCAUUCAGCUUCUCGCUGCAGUCUUGUAUUUUGCAUCUGUAGCUGCGGAGUGCUGUGUGUGUGCGCUGCUGUGCUGUGCUCCGUGAGUCCGUGUGUACUUGUGCGUGGGUGACUGUGUGCCUCUGUGUCACAUCAGAUAGCUCUGAUGACAUCAGCCCAGACAAGACAUCAGGGGGAUGGGGGAGCGAGACAGAGGUGGCGGUCUUGGGGGGAGGGAGGGGGGGCAAGGGUAGGCGGGAGACGUGUGUCAUCUGAAACGCACGACCAUCAGAUUUGGAGGAGUGCAGAUUUGUGAGCAAGCUGUCUCUCUGAGUGUGCUGUUCGAGAGCCCACCUGCGUAGGUUCGCCGGGUAGGAACAGCCUCCUCGGCGUGUUUUCUGCCGCAAAUUUGUGCUGUCUUCUCAGAACUUGGUGUUCUCUAUGCAGUCGGAAUGCAGUGAGAAUGCAGACGUUGUCACCAUGCUCUGCAGCUCGCUGAGAAGCUCUGCUCUUACGGUGAAAUGAUUGCUUAGCAUUCGCGUGUGCGCACACACACACAAACACACACACACACACACACAGAGGCUGCCAGACAGUGGAGUCAAUUGAGGAUCAGUGGUCAUCCUUCAGUCACGCUGAGAAACCUUGGGCUGCUCUUCUAGGAGGACCUCCUUCUCCUGCUGUGUAUGGGUGUAGAAUGGGUCUGUACACCUGUGUGUGUGUUUACUCACUUGUUUUAUGCAUGUUCACGUUUCAUAUGUACACAAUAUUCUGUCUCUGGCUUGCAUCCACUGUUAAUUCAGCAGUUAAGAGGUCUGAACAUAAAUCCUUCUCUGAAAAUAUGUUCGUGGAGAAGCAGACCACUUGCGUGGAUACUUGCUCUGUUUAUUGUGUAUGAAAUCAUGUCACUUAAGAAAUGAAUGGCACUGUGCAACUGUGUGUUGUUCAUUGUAUGUGCCAAAUCAUGUCUGCUUGUUUGUGUGUUAACUGUUUGUUGUGCGUACGUCUUGCUGAAGUGUGUCAGUUUGUGAAUGUGUGUGUGUGUAUGUGUGUGAUUGUGUGGGUGUAGGGGGUGGGGUAAGAGUAGAUGAGUCAUGGCUAUGUGGAGCGUUGAACACAUGGCCCAGGCUGUGUUCUCUGUUGUUGUGUGUUCUCCCUCCUACGGCUGGAGCCGGUUUUUCCACUCCCUCCCGAGCGCGUGAGUGUACAUGAGCGUGCGUGUGCACUGCCUUGGUCAGUGGACUUCAGUGGACUUCGCGUAGCUCUCAGAGUCUCCGUGUCCUGGCUGGCACAGAAGGACGUCUGACCCCGUGUGUGUGAGCGCCGGGAUUCUCCGGCAGUGCCACCGUGCUGCCUGAAGGGGGAGAGAGGAGCCUGCCACUGAGUUAACUCCUUAAAACCCGACUGUUUCAAGAGUGGGUUCAGUGGAUGGCCCCAGAAGAAGAAGCCAGAUGGAAACUGGGUCACAUGACCGCCUGGAGGAAGGCGUUCUGAGCCUGGGGCUUGCAAAUGGGGCAAGCAGGCGUCCUGAUGAAGAGGGAGAUGAGGCAGCUGGAAUAGGCAGUGGUGCAGCUGGAGUGGGGCAGAAAAGGGCAGAAUGCAGUCUACUAGGGCAAAUCUGGGGUGCAGGACAGGGCAAGACUAAUCAUCUCCAGCAGCAGCAGCUGCAGGCACCCUGCUGGGAUAGUAGGGAGGCUCUCAGCUCUGCCAAUGAGGCCGAUAUGGAAAGUGCCAGGAAUCUCAUGGCUUUCUCAGCCUGUGCGGGGUCCUUGCUGUCCUGUGCUUGCCCCGAAGAACAAGUUCAGACUGCACAGCUGUAUGAGAAGUUCAACCAGGAAAUGAGCAGCGAAAGGACUGAGUCUGGGCCAGAAGGGAGGGCUGCAGAUGGUGAACGUGGCCCGCCCGAAGACCUUAGCACGUUGCAGACAGCACUGAGCCAGGCGCGGCACGGCCAUAAGCCACCCAACUGCAACUGUGAUGGUCCGGACUGCCCUGACUACCUGGAGUGGCUGGAGAAGAAAAUUAAGCUGGCAGCCAGUGAUCAGGACAAGAGACACUGCAAGGUGCCUGGUGCUCUCCACUCAGACCUCCAAGAAAAUCCCUCCCAACCUACAUCCCAGGUCAAUGGAGCCAACCUCCCCUCCUCCACCCCCGACCCCCUUCAACGAGUGGCUCACACCCCACACCCCACCCCUUUGCCAUGUUCCUUAGCACCUAUUCCUUGCUCUCCUAGUGUUCUCUCAAUUGCUAAGGAGAAGAACAUCAGUUUGCAGACAGCCAUUGCUAUUGAGGCCUUGACACAGCUGUCAGCUACUGUUCCCCAGACUGUGGUUCCACCUGCAGAGGCUUCCUCUGCAAACCACGCACACCAUGACCCUCAUCAUCACCUUCCUCCCCAUGCACAGAAUGGUUCUCAGCAAAUCAUGUCCUCUGGUGUCCCCUUAUCCUCUACUUGCUCUUCCCCUAUACCACAGUCUGUCCCUCAAGGGCUGUACCCCCAGCAGGAGUCUCACUCCUGGGAGCAGCACAGGAGGCAGUCCCAGGCAGAUAAUUCCUUGCAUGGCCAGCCUCUCCGUUCCUUCCCUGGGUCCACCUCCAUGUCAGGCAACUCUCAGUCUCAGCAGUGGCAGCAGGUUCCUGAGGGAGCUUGUGAUAAGAACUCCCCAAGGAACCCAUGGAUGAUGCUAAAUUCAGAGUCCCAGUCCCGCUUUCCACCUUCCGCAUCCCCUCAAAUCAGCGGAGAUCCAAUGUCAGAGCUGAAGCAACUGUUGGGAGACACAAGUGGGAAGUACACAAAUCCCACAUUCAAGACCCCUGCUCCACAUCAUCACCCACAACCCAGUCUGAAAGAGAAAGGCUCAGGUCAGGGAGUACCCCAGAUCAAGCAGGAGGUGGACUCAGGAGAAUACCUGGGUUCAGCAUGUGCUGCGAUGGAGAGGUACGGAAUGGCAAAUGGGCAGCAGCUGUUGUCUGGCCGGCCACUCUCCCCAGGCAGCGCAGCCAUUCGACAUGAAACUCAGGCAGCUCUGCAGCACCACCUCCAUCAUAAGAGAAACCUCUUCUCAAGCUCACCAAGCCUUCCUCUGCCUCCACCUUUCCAGGGCUUCCAGGACCUGCGUAAGUGGUGGCCACAGGGCACCAUGGCAAUCAAGCAGGAGCCUAAGGAUCUGAAGAAGAAGAAGAGCAGCCAUGGUUCUCCAUCACUAAACUAUCCAUCACUGUUGGGACUGGCACCGCAGCCGAUGCCUCCUCUGCCCAAACCCAAGCAGAUUGUGAUCAAAAAGCCCAAACAGAAGGCCUCACAGCCCACCUUCAUGCCAAUGGUUCAAAUUUCUUUUCAGAAGCCACCUCCCAGCCGUCAGGAGAAUGUGCCCCUUACGGCCCUGGCUACCUCAGCCCCAGUGUUGGCGGCUACGGAACCAGGACCUCUACCCUGUCCGACUCCAGUCCACUCUCAGGAAUCCAUUUUUAACAGUGCUAUAACUCCCCCGACCCACCGCAACAUUUCCGAAAGCAGUCCUGCCAUGUUUACCCCUGUCUCUUCCUCAGUCCCUCUGUCCCAGGAUGACCAGGAUGGUUCAGGAGUAGCAGGGUCUGGGAAUGGUAGUCCAGCAUCGCAGACUCCUGUUUCCCAAGCAGGCCCUUCUCUUGGAGGGCUUGGUACCCUAAACCCCAAACUGGAGGAGCUGAUUCGCCAGUUUGAGGCAGAGUUCGGGGAGCCGUCUUUGGUACCUUCUGGUCCCGACUCUCAAACUCAAACUCCAGACCCAGCCCUAGCUCAACCUAUGGCAGUGGAGUCUCAGCCAAACUCAGGGCAAGCUGUCCCUCUUGAUCCCCCUUUGGGUGAGCUCCCGGCUAACCCUACAGCUCUUGCAGGUGAUGUCCCAAUGACUCCAGCUCCCUCCUCACCAGCAAGCAAGGUGAUGGAUGUAGAAGAAAAGAAAAAUAUGAGUGUGGCUGAAACAGAACCCCUCCAGGCAUCUGUGGACAGUAAAAUGGAGCAGGAGUGUAAUGGGAUGGCUGUAGGAGAGAACUGCUCCUUGCCACAGACCUUUCUUGAAUGCCCAGAAUCCCUCCUGCAGCUACAGCAGCAGCAACAUCGCGUCUUAGCAGACCCCUUCACUGCACCCUGCUCUCCACUGCCGAAGAGAAUGAAGGUUGAGUCUUCAGGUGGCGUAACAGUGCUCUCCACCACUGGCUGCUUCCCUACCACUUUAGAUGACAGUGAAACACCCACAAAAGCCCCUGCCUCUGGCCCCUCUCUGCGUAGCUUCUUGGAGUCUCCUCUGCGCUAUCUGAACACCCCCCCAAAGAACUUUUUGGACACACCUGCCAAGGACGCUCAGGCAGAGUUCCCUUCUUGCGACUGUGUUGAGCAAAUUGUGGAGAAGGACGAGGGUCCCUACUACAACCACCUGGGGUCAGGGCCAACCGUGGCCUCGAUUAGAGAACUUAUGGAGAACAGGUUUGGAGAGAAGGGUGAGGCCAUACGCAUAGAAAAGGUUAUCUACACAGGCAAAGAAGGGAAGAGCUCUCAGGGAUGUCCCAUCGCCAAGUGGGUGAUCCGACGCAGCAGUGAGGCAGAGAAGCUUCUAUGCUUGGUGCGCCAACGUGCGGGCCACCACUGCGUCAAUGCCGUCAUCAUUGUUGUCAUCUUGAUCUGGGAAGGUGUGCCCCGGUCCCUGGGUGACAGACUGUACCGGGAGCUGUCUGAAACGCUAACCAAGUUUGGCAACCCCACAAGCCGCCGCUGUGGGCUAAACGAAGACCGCACCUGUGCAUGCCAAGGGAAGGAUCCUGAAACCUGUGGUGCUUCAUUCUCCUUUGGGUGCUCCUGGAGCAUGUACUUCAAUGGUUGCAAAUACGCCCGCAGCAAAACACCACGCAAGUUUAGACUGCAAGGAGACCACCCCAAAGAGGAGGAGAAUCUCAGGGAUAACUUCCAGGAACUGGCCACAAGGGUGGCCCCUUUGUACAAGCAACUUGCCCCCCAGGCAUACAGCAAUCAAUGUGCUAUGGAGGAAGUUGCUUCAGACUGUCGACUGGGCCUGAAGGAGGGAAAACCAUUCUCUGGAGUAACUGCUUGCAUGGAUUUCUGUGCUCACGCCCACAAAGACCAGCACAACCUGUAUAACGGAUGCACUGUGGUGUGUACACUGACGAAAGAAGACAACCGGGUGGUGGGCAAGAUCCCAGAUGAUGAGCAGCUACAUGUGCUGCCACUGUACAAGAUAUCCACAACAGAUGAAUUUGGCAGUGAAGAGAGUCAGCGACUCAAGGUUCAGAAUGGCGCAAUACAAGUGCUCAGCAGUUUCCGACGUGAGGUGCGCAAGCUGCCAGAGCCUGCAAAAUCCUGUCGCCAACGCAGACUAGAGGCAAAAAAGGCUGCUUCUGAGAAGAAAAAAGCGCAGAAGCAGCAGCUGGCUGAGAUACCUGAAAAGACCAUAAAGACAGAAUUGCGCCACUCUGGCCCCGAUGAGUUACAGCAAGGAAACAAAGCAAUCCCCAAGCAGGAAGUGAAACCCACCAUCAAGUCAGAGUCCAAGGAUGGGUUCCUGUCUGUCAAUGGAGUCUUACAGGGCUACUCUACAAUAGGAAACUGCAAGGAAACCAAACCCUAUAGCAUGAACAAUGUCUAUUCCCACCCUGGUUACUAUGCAAGUGGCCACCCUUCCAGCGGGCCGCCUUCUACCCCUCCAGCCCCAAGCCCUGUCAAUGGCUUUCAUCCCAAACUCCCAGCGCUGCACUACAGCUACUACAAUUACUCCUCCAAUGCACUGUUUUCCCCACAGUUUCUUGGCUAUGAAGGCCACAAUGGCACCUGGCCCAAGGUGGCAGCCACAGCUGCUUCCUUUGACAAGAAGCCAGAUGUACAAAGUCUUCAGGCCAGCUUGGGUCACUCCUAUCCAGACCACCCAGAGCAGCAGCCCAGUGAUCCAGCCAAAUGCAGUUAUCCAUCUGACUUUGCAAAGUCUCUGGCACCCCCAACCCGGCCUCUGUCAGCGCCAUCAGAUCCUCGUUCCAGAUCUGCUCCGGUUAUUAAACAGGAGCCUGUUGAUAUGCCUCUUUUCCCAGACUGUGCGGCAGGAGGAGCAUCCCGGAAUUGUGGCGCUAACUACAGCCCUGCCCCACGAUCUGAGGCCUGGCCAGGGCACAAGGUGAAUGGGACUUUGGCACCUGAUGUUUGGGACAGUAUAAAACAGGGUUCUCAGGGGACCUUCACUCCACAGAAACAGCAGGUCCACCAGCAGCAUCCACAUCAGCCUCGCCACAAUCAGCAGCCCCAACAUCCACAGCAAUGGACCUCCUUUCCAGGUGCUAGCACCCCUCUGGCCUCUCCAGCUCCAUCUCCUUCUCCUUCUCUCAAAGGAACACCCUCCCCAGCUCCCACCUCUCAACUCUCCAGUGCCCACAUCUGGGAGAACCCUUCCUCUGGUCUUCAGUCCACAGCCUGGGGCAUGGGACUGGCUGGAUAUAGUGUGGGUCUGAAGCAUAGUGGCACUGCUGGCAGUUUCCCAGAUAAGCUAUGGAGCAAGGCGGGUGAAAGCAGAGGCUCCACACCCCUUGGAUUACAGGAGAAAGUCUGGAAGUCCUGUGGUGGUUCAGCAGCAGGGAGCACCCCUUCUCCUGCACCAGAAGGUCGGCUGUUCCCUGAUGCCUUCCAGCAACCAGAGGUGCAAACCAGCUGUGAACCUGCUGGUACUGAGAGCGAAGCAGAGCGUGAGCCUGAAGAAGAGGAGGUGUGGUCAGACAGUGAGCAUAACUUCCUCGAUCCCGAUAUAGGCGGCGUAGCUGUGGCACCAGCCCAUGGCACUAUCAUGAUCGAGUGUGCUCGGCGGGAGUUGCAUGCCACCACGCCACUGAAGAAACCAGACCGCAGCCACCCAACACGCAUCUCGCUUGUCUUCUACCAGCACAAAAACCUGAACCAGCCAUGCCACGGCCUGGCACUGUGGGAGGCCAAGAUGAAGUUGUUGGCAGAGCGGGCACUGCAGCGGCAGCAGGAGGCAGCACUGCUUGGCCUCUCACAGGAGGACAUCAAGGCCUAUGGUAAGAAACGCAAGUGGGGAACUAUGGCUGGAGGAGCAAGUGCUGGACCAGGACAAGGCAAGGAGAGGAGGGAAGGGGUAACCACACGCCAGGCCCCAACACAGCACUCCACCUCCAUCAUCACAGUGUCUCCAUAUGCCUUCUCCCAGCUCACUGGUCCCUACAGUCGCUGGGUGUAAGGAGCUGGAUGGACAAGGUGGAAGGACCACAAAAAACGAGAGCCAGAGCUUCAGCUUCCCCUACAUCCCCUCUCCUGUCUCCCUUACCAACUCUCUUUGGCUCUUCACCCAGCUCUUACUUUUUAGUCUGGUCCCCAGGGGGAUUUCUCAUUUUGAAUUUGAUUUUUUUUUUUUUUUUUUUUUUUUUUUUACCUCAAAUUAGGCAGCAGAUCGGGACACUGCCUGCCGGACAAGCUGCCUUUGGUGCUCUUUCUCUCUCCAACGUAGGAGGGGUUACAUCCUUUCUUCUCCUUAAUACAAUAAUGAUUCAAAUUAUUAUUAUUAUUACUAUUAUUAUCAAUAUUACUAUGAUUGUUAUUGUUACUGUCAAUGUUGCUAUUACUGGUAUUGUUAUUGAGGUUAAUGAUUUUUGUUAUUAAUAUUAUUGUUUUCAUUAAUGUUAUUAUUGAUAUAAUUUUUUUGGGAAGGCUGGGAUUUCUCAGUCAUGCUUACUUCUUUCCCCAUGAAACUAGAAUCAUGCAGAACACAGCUUCUUUUCCUUUUUGGUUUUUUCAUUGAAUUCCACACAGAGGUGGGGCAAGAGGUUACAGCCAUUUGUCAAAUAAGACUCCACGAGGAGAUGGAAAAAAAUUGAAGAGUUUUUUUCCCCCCCAAUGAAAAUAAGCAACAUCAGGAAUGAAAAGGAGAGACUUUGUUUUACACAAAGAACUUGUUUUAAUUCUGUAAGCAUGAAGAGCUUUUUAAAAGUCUAUUUUGCUAAGGAGUGGAAUUGCCUUUGGAUUGAAAAAACAGAACAACGUCAAGAAGUCCCACCUCCAUUCUUCUGGCUCCCUCUUUUACAGGGAUCAGGAGGACUGAGUGCAACUAUUUUCUCUCCAGAGGCAGCAGUGAGCCAGGAACCCCCCUCUAUGUCUCGCUCUCACUUUCAUAGUCUCUCUCAACUGGUGCUUUUCCUCUGUCUAUGGCAACAGCUCGGACGUCCUGGUUUGCCCUUUCUCUGUCCAUCCCUAAUGCAACAUGUGCCCUUAGCGCAGACUUGAGCAAGUAGAACAAGCUCCAGUCCACGUACUUAUCUUGUUUGCACAUUUGGAAACCCCGUUCCUCUGAAGUCCUCCUGGAGGUCAGAGGUGACCGCUGUGCAAUGGUGCUGAUACAGUCCCCCUGUGUGCCCACCCCACCCCACCAUGCCUACCUGUCCUGUACUUAAAACACAGACACACCCACCGACUGGCUUUGGUCAUCACACAUAGAUAGUUUCUGCUUCAGUCAACAGAUUCAUCCCGAUCACAAGCAAUGUGUGACGGCAGAAGCCUGGCCAAGACAGGCCGAUGACAGGCAUGCACUGUAAUUGGGUCCAGAAAACUAUGCUUCAUUGCGCCAUCUCUUGUUGUCCUGCUUGGUGCUGUGGGCACAGGCCCAUGUGCCUUAGCCAGCCAGACCGGCUCCGGACGUGUCUGCUCUACUCUCAUACAGGUGCAGCAGCCCCUUCCGCCUCGCACACAGAUUACCAUCCCCUCUUGGUGAAACUCUUCGUGGGUACUGUAAUGCCUUCAGCACAUUUAGAAACAACGGUGCUUGUUUUACACACUGAAAUAUCCUUGGCCUUUCUCUCUGGGCUCACGUGCUAUGGCGGACAAUAUUAUGCAUAUGUGUCUUUCCCAGGUACCGUGAGUCCAUGUAUAGGUAGUCGAUAAGAGCAGAUGCUCCAGGUAAUGCUGUGUUCCUGUUUGUAGUAAGCUACUGAAACAGUCCUAAAGCUUUUUUAAAAGUCAAUUCUAACCCUUCCCAAAAAAGCGCAAUCAUAAGCUUAACACCCAGUCAGAGAUGUUUUAGGAACACAGCAUUAUUGGUGUGAAAACAAAUGGGUCUUUGUCUCUGUUACCUUACCUUAAGUGAGACAAACAGAGGUGGGGAUUCCCCAACUGUGUGCUUACAGGUGAUAAGAGAGCAUAGAGGAUAGAGUACAGAGGUGCAGCAAUGUCACAGUUGCGUGUUAACUCCUAGCGCUGGCUUGGCCCAGUCUUCAUUGAUCCAGGCAGCAGUAGGUUGUAUCCGCGCCUGUGCUGGGUGAUGGUGAGAAUAUUUGACCUACACAGAAAAAAAAAAUGAUCCUAGCUGUACCAACUCAUACAGUAGUCUGCUGUUAGUCGCAAUGCACUUAAUUGGACACACCGUGCGCUACUGCAGUUUCUCCAUCAAUGAGUCUAAGCUCUGGAACUAUACAUGCUGUGCUUAUAGCUAAUAUUGCGGAUGUGGCUCAGCCCUCCCUGUUUGAAUGAGGCCAUUUGUGACAGUCGGUGCUCAGUGGGGUUCGUCCUGUCUUCUGCUUGUCCAGCCAAACAGGGUACAAUGCUCCCAGGCCUUAGCACUUUCCUCACCCAAGAGUGAGUUGGCACAGGCUGAGGGCAUGGGUCAGGGAGGAAUUGUCUUUUCCAUCAUUUUGUUGCACUGUGCUACGUGUUGCUUUAGCACCGAGCCACAUACUGAUGUUGGUCUGCUGUGGAGUGUGCACAUAGGGCUUAGGCUGGUUUACAGAAGGCCAGAAACUCCUUGGUGCUCAAAGUGGAUGGAUCCUGGUGCUUUUCAAGAGGUCAAGCUCUCUAUACCUCAUGUUGUAGAGACACUGGUCACAAUCACAAUGUGCUACAAACACUCGGGUGCUAUGGAGGACUGCAAAAGUGUUUGUCUAUGGCUCCCGUGUGAUUGCUGCCUACAUAUACAUCAUAAUCUA